AUGACAAGCCCUUCAACUUUUCUUUUACUCAUAGCAAUUUCUUUGCUAUUAUUCUCAAAACCCUCUCUCACAAUUUUUGUAAGUAUCAAUUGUGGAUCCUCAAAAUCUUUCAUCGAUGAAAACAACAUAAAAUGGAGUGGGGAUUAUGAUUACAUUCAAAAUGGAGCACCUCAAGAGGUUUAUUUAGGCUCUAGCCCAUUAAGCACUCUAAGGCUUUUCACAACUAGAAAGAAAAAUUGCUACUCCAUCAAAGUUCCAAGAGGUGAAAAAGUUCUUGCUAGGGCAAGCUUUUAUUAUGGAAAUUAUGAUAAUAAAUUUUCACCACCAAUAUUUGAUCUUCAAUUUGAUGGUAACUAUUGGGCUAGUGUUAAUACUUCAAGUAUUUAUUAUGUUGAUUAUGAAGCAAUAUAUGUAACUAAAGGAAAUUUCACUAGUAUAUGUGUUGCUCAAACAAAGGACAAUCAAUUUCCUUUUAUAUCAUCACUCGAAGUUAGAAGCUUGGAUCCUAAAAUGUAUAGUCAUGUUGAUUCUAAUCAUGCUUUGAUUUUGCAAUGGAGAUAUGCUUUUGGUGGUAAUCAAACUAUAAGAUAUCCAGAAGACAUUUUCGAUCGAAUAUGGACGCCAGCUUACGGUAUACUUCUUUCUGAAGUAAAAAGCGAAGAAUCAAGCAUCGACGUUAGUACAUCCGAAGAUCAACCACCAAAAUCCGCAUUACAAAAUGCUAUUGUUUCAUCGAGCACUAAUUCAUACAUAGAAUUCAUCAAUAGGCUUCCAAAAGAUGAACAACCUGUUUAUAUAAAUGCUUAUUUCUCAGAAGUGAUGGAAAGUGCUUUUGGAAAAAGAUCAAUUCAAAUGUAUAUUGAUGACAAGCCAUUUUUAAGUCCUAUUGUUCCUCCUCUUGGAAGUGUGAAAGAAGUUUAUAUUACCAAUAUUACAGCUUCAGCAAAUACUAGUUUUGUUCUAAGGGCUUCAGAUUCUUCUACUUUUCCUCCUAUAUUGAAUGCUCUUGAAGUUUUUACAAUAACUGAUGCAUUCAAUGCAGGAACAGAUAGUAGAGAUGUGAAAGGUUUGUUAGAACUACAAUUUGCAUUUGAAGAGCUUGUGGAUUGGAGUGGAGACCCUUGUCUCCCAUAUCCUUAUACUUGGGAUUGGAUUCAAUGUACUUCUGAUGCCAAACCUCGUGUAACAGCAUUGUAUCUUAGUGGAUAUGAGCUACAAGGAACACUUCCAGAUUUCAGUUCCAUGACUGCACUUGAAACAAUUGAUUUGCACAACAAUACUAUAGAAGGACCUAUACCUAAUUUCUUAGGCCUUUUGCCUAAUCUCAAGACAUUGAACCUGUCUUACAAUAGGUUCAAUGGUUCCAUACCUGCAUCUUUGGUGAAUAAGAACAUUGAAAUUGACACAAUAAAUAAUUGUCUCACUGGAAUGAAGUGUGAGCCUCUAAAAGAUUCACCAAGUAAGCAAACAGCACCAAUUUCAGAAGAUGAACCAAAUAUAAUUGAUUCAUCAACAUUGCCAGGAUUUAGUUCAGGGGAUGGAAGUGUGAAGAAUAACAAGCUUAAAAAGUUUUUCAUAUUAGCUAUGCAAGCUUUGCUACCAAUGGUUUUCAUGAAGUAUAUGUGA